AUGGGGGCUCGAAGACGAUCAAAUACCGUCCUAGUCUCAACCAUAAACGAUGUCGACCAGGGAUCGGUGAAUGUUACUCUUAGGACUCCACCGACAUCUUAUGAGAAAUCAAAAUCUUUGGAUUACGAGGGGAGUAUGGUCGCAAGCGCCGACGACGAAGGCAGCAUUCUCCUCCAAUUCAAGUCCAAGCUUUCUUCCGACCGCCUCGGCGGGCCCCUCGCCGAUUGGGGCCCCACCAACGGUGCCGGCCCCGGCCCCUGCGCCGCCAAUUGGACCGGCGUCCGCUGCAAACGUGGCCGCGUCUCGACGCUCCAGCUCGAGAACAUGGGCCUCUCCGGCGACGUCAGCCUCGAGGCCCUCGCGGGCCUUCCGGACCUCCGAUCCCUCAGCAUCAGCAACAACAACUUCCGUGGUCCCAUCCCCAACCUGUCCGCGCUGCCGGAACUCAAAUUCGCCUACCUAUGGAUGAACCGCUUCUCCGGCGAGGUUCCCGACGGUAUGUUUGCGGCCAUGCGGGGGCUGAAGAGGCUGUGGCUGUCGCAGAACAACUUCUCCGGCAGGAUCCCGAGCUCCCUGACGGCGCCCAGGAAGCUCAGCCAGCUGCGGCUCGACGGCAACCACUUCGACGGGCCCAUACCGGAGCUCUGGCAGCCGGAUCUCAACUUCGUCAACGUCUCCUACAACAAUCUGCAAGGCCCCAUCCCCGUCCGGCUCAGCGCCAUGAAAGCAGCCUGGUUUGCAGGCAAUCCUGAUCUUUGCGGUGCACCACUCAGUGAGGAAUGCCCUAAACCAUCCAAGAAGAAGCUCUCUUCCGGACUCCUUAUCGCCGUAAUACUGAUAGCAGUAGCUGCCAUCCUCGUACUCGUGGGACUGGUUAGCUUCUUCCUCCGUCGACGGAAGAAACCCACUGAAACUGUUGCAGCAACCACUACAAUAUCCAAUCAACUCCAGACCAACAAGACCGCGACAAUUAAGCAUCUGGAGGCUGAUCGGAUGGAGCUCGGAUUGGUCGAGUACCACCACCGACCGGCCGAGCCGACGGGCAAGCUCUCGUUCCUCGUGGAAGGGAGGGAGGACUUCGAGCUCGAGGACUUACUCAGAGCCUCGGCCGAAGCUCUCGGCAAUGGCAAUUUGGGAUCCUCCUACAAGGCCAUCCUCCUCAGCGGCCAAACGGUCAUCGUGAAGAGAUUCAAGGAGAUGAAUGCGAUGGGGAAAGAGGAGUUCGAGGAGCACCUGAGAACGCUGGGGAGGCUGUCGCACCCCAAUUUGCUGCCUCUGCUGGCCUACUGCUACAGGAAGGAAGACAAGAUGUUGAUCACCAAUUAUAACCCCAGCGGAAGCUUGGCGCAAAUGCUACACGGCAGUCACGGUCCUUCUCGAGUUUCGCCAUUGAACUGGCCUCUGAGGUUAAAGAUCAUUAAAGGAGUAGCGAGGGGCCUCGCUCACCUGUACGAGGAGCUGCCCACGCUUAUCGUUCCUCACGGCCACCUCAAAUCCUCGAACGUGUUGCUGAAUCCCCAAUGCGAGCCCCUGCUCACAGACUACGCCCUCAUGCCCAUGCUCAACAGGGCGCUCGCUGCGGAGGCCAUGGAGGGUUACAAGGCUCCGGAGUGCGCCGGCCAGCACGGAAAGCCUUGCCGGAAGAGCGACGUCUGGAGCUUGGGGAUCUUGAUACUCGAGAUCCUGACCGGUAAGUUCCCGGCGAGUCAUUUGAAACAGGGGAGAGCAGGGACGGACUUGGCGAGAUGGGUGAACUCGGUGGUGAGGGAGGAGUGGACGGGGGAAGUGUUCGACACGAGCAUGAAGGGCACCAAGAACUGCGAAGGGGAGAUGCUGAAGCUGUUGCAGGUGGGAAUGGCUUGCUGCGAGGUGGACGUGGGCAAGAGGUUGGAGUUGGAGGUGGCGAUGGCGAGGAUCGAGAACUUGAAGGAGAAGGAGAGUGAUGCUGAGAAUUCCUCCAUUAUCAGUGAUGCUGAAGCGUAUUCUUCCAAAGCAAUGACGACUGAAGAUGAAAUCUCUUUCUCCAUCAAUAACUGAAGUGUGUUUGAAGAUUUUGUGUUCAAGUCAAAUUUGUUGAAUUUCAGUUUGUUAUUAUCGGAUUACUCUGGUGUUAUAGUGAAGUUCGUAAAAUAAAGAUC